GUGUGGGGAAGAGGACAGUGACGGAGAAGCCCAGCCGGACACGGGCACCCAGCUGCUGUGCUCCGUGGGGCAAGAAGAGGGUGUUGGCACCCCACAGCUGCCAUGGGGGGCAGACUCAGGGGCUCUUGGAUUUUCCCCUUGUUCUUGGCUGGGUUAAUUCAGCCUAACCAGGGGCAGGAGAAACAGAAGGUGGACUGUUACAACUCGGUGGAGGGAACAAUCUACAAGUAUGGGGCCCUCACCAUAGACGGACAGGAGUACAUCCCCUUCGGGAAGUACAAAGGGAAGAUGAUCCUCUUUGUGAACGUGGCUACCUACUGAGGACUCACCAUGCAGUACCUGGAAUUGAAUGCACUACAGAAAGAGCUGGCGCCGCACGGACUCGUCAUCCUGGCCUUCCCCAGCAACCAAUUUGGCAAACAAGAACCUGGCGACAACGCCGAAAUCCUCCCCGCGCUGAAAUACGUCCGGCCCGGGGGCGGCUUUGUCCCGAAUUUCCAGCUUUUUCAAAAAGGGGAUGUGAACGGGGAGGAGGAGCAGAAGUUCUACACCUUCCUGAAGAACUCCUGCCCUCCCGUGGUGGAAAGCUUCGGCGACCCCAAAAGGCUCUUCUGGGAGCCCCUGAAGAUCCACGACAUCAAGUGGAACUUCGAGAAGUUCUUGGUUGGCCCGACUGGGCGGCCCGUGAUGAGGUGGGGCCCCAGGACAAACUUGGCCGUGGUGAAGAAUGACAUCAUAGAUUACAUGAAGCGGCGGGUCUUUGGUCAGAGGAGGCUGCCCCUGGUCAGAGAAGACUAAUGUAGAGAUGUCAGCGGUGGGGUGGGGUGGGACUCAAUGCUUUAUCCACAGCCAAAAAUCUCCAUGCAAUGCAUCCAAAGAGCUGAAUCCCUGGAUACAAAAAUCCCUUCUGCUAGGACACCAAUACGGGUGGAAUCUGCUAGGAAAGGCACCAGUCUCUACAGACUAGUUUGCACGCACGCUCGUGCUACUCUGUAGAGACCGGCCCUGACCGCCACUCCCUAUAGACCGGUCCUGCAACACGUUUUGGGGAAACACAGUUGCCUAAAAUGACAUUUGAUUUACACCAGUCACCCAUCUCCAUGUGGCGUCACCUCCCCACGCUGCAGCCAUCAGACCUGUCUGCUAUCCUUAACC